GGAGACACCAUGAAAGAGGACCUGCUCUCCAAUGUCACUGAAGAUCAGCAAGGGUGGUUUGUGCCCGGCAAUGCCAGCGACGACUCCUUGUAUCUCUCAGGGGCUCCUCCUCUUCCCUUGAAUCCUUGGGAUGUGGUGCUUUGCGUCUCUGGCACCAUCAUCUCCUGCGAGAAUGCCGUGGUGGUGGCCAUCAUAUUUUACACCCCUGCCUUCCGAACACCGACGUUCCUGCUGAUCGGGAGCUUGGCCACCGCCGACCUCUUAGCCGGCCUGGGCCUCAUUUUCCAUUUCGCCUUCAUUUACUGCAUCCAGUCCCAGGUGGUGAAUCUCAUCACGGUGGGACUCCUGGUGAGCUCCUUCAUGGCCAGCGUGGGUAGCCUGUUGGCCAUCACCAUUGACCGCUACCUGUCCCUUUAUAACGCCCUGACCUACUAUUCCGAAAGGACUGUCGCCAGGACGUAUGUGAUGGUCAUCCUCACCUGGGGCAUCUCCAUUGCCUUCGGGCUCUUGCCGGUCAUGGGCUGGAACUGCCUGAAGGAGGUCUCCGACUGCAGCGUGGUCAAGCCCUUGACCAAGAACAAUCUCAUCAUCCUCUCCAUUUCGUUCUUCAUGGUCUUUGCAGUCAUGUUGCAACUCUACGUGCAGAUCUGCAAGAUCGUCUGUAGGCACGCCCAGCAGAUCGCCCUCCAGAGACACUUCCUGGCUACAUCGCACUACGUCACCACCAGGAAAGGCAUCUCCACCUUAGCUGUCAUCCUGGGGACCUUCGCUUCCUGCUGGUUGCCCUUUGCCAUUUACUGCCUGCUGGGAGAUUACACCUACCCAGCGUUCUAUACCUAUAUGACAGUUCUCCCUGCCACUUACAACUCUAUGAUCAACCCUGUGAUCUAUGCUUUCAGGAACCAGGAGAUCCAAAAAGUAUUGUGGACGAUUUGCUGUGGGUGUGUCUCGCCCACCAUGCCUUUCCGGUCCAGAUCUCCCAGUGAUGUCUGA